AUGACAAACGUAAGCAGAGCAGCUAGUAAAUUUGGCGAAUGGGUUGGCUUAACAGGAGCUCCUGGUUUCUUCAAAUCUGAAAACGUUAUCGACCUAAUCAUUGCUGAUCACAGAGAAGCUGAAUCUCUUUAUGACAAGUAUAAAGCCACCACGGAUCAAGACGAAAAGCAACUUAUCGCAAACAACUUGGUCAAGGUUUUAGUAAAGCAUGACGAAUGUGAACAACUGCUGGUUUACCCCUUGUUAAGGGAAAAAAUUGGUGGCGAAAGAGGCGAGCAGCUUUAUGAGAGAAGCUUGAAAGAGCAUCAAGACCAUCGUGAGUUAUUGUAUAAUGUCAAGUGUACCAGUCUUAAAACCGAUCCUGAGUUUGACGCAAAGUUACAAAAGGCUAUAGACUCUGUGUUCCACCAUGUUAAAGAAGAGGAGGAGGAAGUAUUGCCUCUUUUAAGAGAACAUGUCACUGAAGACGAGCUCAGAUACGUAGGUACGUCAUUCAAGGCCCAUAAACCUUUGACUGCUACAAGACCUCACCCAAGUGCCCCAGCUCAAGGAUACCCCGCCGCUUUGGCUAAUGUUGUCUUGAAACCAAUUGAUAUGGUAAGAGAUAUGCUCGAAGGACACUAA